AGUCGUGUAGGGGAUGUAAGCUCGUGUCAAUAACAAGAAACAGGUGUUUGAGUUUGUCCACGUCCACGUGUUUUCUUUUUCUUUUCCUCCCUUGUCUCUCACGCAGAUAAACUUUGCUUAUCUGAAUUAUCUGAAAAAUAUAGCAACAUUGGAAGAAAUGGAUUCUCUCAAGCAGGGAUGGUUUAGUGAGCUGAACGACCUCUGGCCUGGGAUGAGUUUGUCACUUGAAGUGCAAGAGGUUUUGCACAAGGAAAAGUCUCAGUACCAAGAUAUUAUGGUGCUGCAAACGAAAUCUCACGGAAAAGCGCUUAUUCUUGAUGGUAUAAUUCAGUGCACUGAGUCAGACGAGUUUUCUUAUCAAGAGAUGAUUUCGUUUCUACCUCUAUGCUGUCAUCCAUCUCCUAAAAGAGUACUUAUUGUGGGAGGGGGAGAUGGUGGAGUUGCAAGAGAAGUUGCCAAGCAUCCAGGUGUUGAGAAAAUUGAUCAGGUAGAAAUUGAUGAGCGCGUGAUUGAAGUAUCAAAAAAAUACUUACCAUCUAUGGCUGUUGGUUUCAAUCACCCCAAGUUGUCACUUCAUGUUGAAGAUGGCUUCAAGUUCAUGCAACAGCAUGAGCAAGCUUUUGAUGUUGUCAUUACUGAUUCAUCUGACCCUGUCGGACCUGCUGUCUCCCUUUUCCAAGAAAGUUACUUUAGUUUGAUGAAACGAGCUUUAAAACCUGGAGGAAUUGUGUGUUCUCAAGGUGGUACAAUGUGGGCCAAUCCUGAACACGUAGCUCAGACACUUUCCCACUGCAAGGCAACUUUCCCAACUGCUGCAUAUGGUUUUGCAUCAGUUCCCACAUACCCAACUGGACAGAUAGGUUUUGUCAUUGGAAGCCUAAAUAAGGAGACAAAUUUUAAUGAACCUGCUCGAGUAUUCAGUGAAGACGAACUGGAAUCAAUGCAACUGCGCUAUUAUAAUGCUGAUGUGCACCGGGCUGCAUUUAUUUUGCCCAGAUUUGCCCAGAAAAUAUUGAUGACAGCAGCCAAUAUAUCAGAUAGAAAUAACAAUCCAGGAGACGUUGCUUGAAGUGUUUUAAUGUUUAGGAAGUACUAUCUAUACCCUAUAAGUCACAUGCUGUAUGACCUUUCACCCAGAUUGUAUACAUUUUUUUCUUUUCUUUUUUUUUUUAUUGUUGUUUUUUGGAAUCUCAUUUUUUUUUUGUUAUAACUUUUUAUGAAACAGAACAUUCCUUGUUAAUUGUAGCUGUGAGAUAAUUUAUCAUAAAUUUUACGCUGUAAUUAUAUAAUUGUAUAUCAUUAGGAAUAAGGAAACCCGUAAUUAUAUUAUGAAAUGCUUAUCUUCCAUCUAUCAACAAAUGUGAUUUGUUUUUAAAAUGAAUUUCGUUUUUUACUAGAAUUUCUAUUUUGCUUUUAAAUGCUUUUUGCAUGAUGCAGUGUUUUUAUUCUUUAAGACUGAAUUUGUAUGGUUUCAUGACAUCAAUUAUAAGUCAUAUUCUCUUUUAAACUAAGUGCGAUAUGCAUUCUGAAGCUUGGACAGCUUCAGUAUGGCUUGUUAUUAUUCCACUGCGAAAGGAGGAAAAAAAACUCACUUUCUUGUCAAUGCGAUACCAACUUUAUAGAUUACGUCAAUAUUGAGGACCAUUCUGACCUGUUACGUCAAAUGGGUGCCAACAUUGACUUUUUGUGCCAAAUUUAUAGCCUUUUUUCCUGUCCUGCUUGACUAAUGACUUCUAUUCAGAGGACGGCUGCCUCUCUGACUGUGUACCAUUGAUCUCCAUUUCACAGAAAAUAAAUUUAUUAACUUAAGUUUUACUUAUGUUUUAAACUUGCUGUAGGAUUAUUUAUAUUAAGACACUUUGAUAACAAUCAUGUAGAAUUUUAAUGUCACUGAUAACAUGUAAUUACAUUAAAAGAGCAGUCUUUCAUGGUAAAA